GAUUGAAAUAUGGCAUUAAACUUGUUUCUAAAAGGGAAGGAGAGGAGGAAAGAAAAGCUAAACCUGCAGCAAAGUGCCCUGUGCAGAGCAGUCGUGCUUAGGAAGUGUGUGCAUGCUUCUGAACCCUGAGUGGUUCUCAGUUCUGUAACCUUCUCCUCCCACUGGGUGGAGUAGGGCCUUUAAGAGCAGCUGGAAUGCAGUUCCCCUGUUCAGCCCAGCCAGUCGUUGCCUGUCUGAACCUCUGCCUGUCCAGCAGAGGUGCUUUGAGCUCAUACCGGUGGGCUUCAUUCUGCUUCUCAACGCCGCCCUUCUCGCCAGAAGAGCAGGGAAGAGCCUUCCCACUUGCCCAGCCAUGGGGGAGGACGCAGCACAGGCCGAAAAGUUCCAGCACCCAGGCUCUGACCUGCGGCAGGAGAAGCCAGCGAGCCCCAGCCCGAUGCCCUCCUCCACGCCGAGCCUCAGCCUGAACCUGGGGAACCCCGAGGAGGCCAUCCGGGACAACUCGCAGGUGAACGCCGUCACGGUGCUCACGCUCCUCGACAAGCUGGUGAACAUGCUGGACGCCGUGCAGGAGAACCAACACAAGAUGGAGCAGCGGCAGGUCAGCCUGGAGGGCUUCGUGAAGGGCAUCCAGAACGACCUCACCAAGCUCUCCAAGUACCAGGCCUCCACCAGCAGCACAGUGAGCAAGCUGCUGGAGAAGUCCCGCAAGGUCAGCGCCCACACGCGCGCGGUCAAGGAGCGCAUGGACCGGCAGUGUGCGCAGGUGAAGCGGCUGGAGAGCAACCACGCCCAGCUCCUCCGGCGCAACCACUUCAAAGUGCUCAUCUUCCAGGAAGAAAAUGAGAUCCCCGCCAGUGUGUUUGUGAAAGAGCCAGUCCCCAGCCCAGUGCAAGAGCAGGAGGCGCUCGCUGACGAGAACAGGUCGCUGGAGGGCGCCCUGCACACAGUGGACCUCUCCUCCGACGACGAUGAUGAGCUGCCCCGCCACGAGGGGGCGCCGGACGACAGCGCCGAGGAGAGGGAGGAGGAGAGCCGGGCGGAGAAGAUAAAAAGGUCCAGCCUUAGGAAAGUUGACAGCCUUAAAAAAGCAUUUUCCCGCCAAAACAUUGAGAAAAAAAUGAACAAGCUGGGGACAAAGAUCGUAUCUGUGGAGAGGAGAGAGAAGAUUAAGAAAUCGCUCACAUCCAGUCACCAGAAAACGUCCUCAGGGAAAAGCUCACCCUUCAAGGUUUCUCCUCUGACUUUUGGUCGAAAGAAAGUCCGAGAGGGAGAAAGCCCUGCAGAGAAUGAGACCAAGUCCGAAGCCGCGCCCGGCGGCGAGCAGGUGCCCAACGACCCGGAGGAGGGCUCGCUGGCCGAGGGCCUGUCAGAGGCGUCACUCCCCAGCGCGCUGACCGAAGGGGACAACGCGGAGGGCACUGCCGAGAAGGCGGCCUGGAGAGGGAGUAACUCCGGCAUGGACAGCAACGUCGACUUGACCAUUAUAGAAGACGAAGAAGAGGUGCCCGUGGCCCUGGAGCAGGCGCAGAAGGUGCGCUAUGAGGGCAGCUACGGGCUCCCCUCAGAGGAGGCCGAAGGGUCGGAUGAGGAACAGGGGCGGCCGGCUGUGCUGCAGGUGGACCAGAGCGCCUAACAGCACACCCCGCCCAGCCCGCCGGUGCCCAGCCUGGGCCUCAGCUGAAGGACCAGCCAGGGCCUCCCCGGACCCUCGCACCCUCCAGCACCACCCAAGGCCUCCUGUGCCACGCCCCGGGCAGUGAUAACUUACCACGCAGUAGUAGCAGCACACACAAGACCAGGAUUUACCAGGAAAGCAACCAAAGGCUUUGCUUUUAUUCUGUCCCUAGGUUCUGUUUCUGUAGAAUUUCUCCAAGAUUGCCAGGAAGAAGAAAUGGAGCAUUGAAAACAUUGCUCUGCUUGGCUUAGACAGAAAAACCAGAGGAUACUUAAGAUACUAGUCGUGCAAUGUGAUUCAUUCUUUUUUGUCAUUCCAUGAACUUGCUGAAUAGUAUAUCAGUAAUGUAUUGAAUUCCCCCAUAUUCUGUGAAUCUAAUUAUUAUUCAAGUGGGUGAUUAUAUAAUCCACACAAAUAGAUAAGCUAAAGAUACGUUUUAAGAAGAAAACAUUAACACAAGGUAGAAGAGAAUAGUCGGUUAGUCGCUUGAUACGAUAGAUACCAUGGUUUUAUUGUAAACAAAAGAAAUAGUGAAAGUCUGUAAUAGCUAAUGAAGUAAGAAAAGUGGUAAAGUCAGGGCUAUUAGAAAAGAAAAAUGAAAAGGAAAAGUUGGGAAAUAAGAGAAACAGGAAACAAAGAAUGCCAAAGCGAUUGAAGACAAAAAGAAAAAAGAUGUGCUGCAAAUAAAAUAUUUACGAUAGUAGCUUAACUGUUUCACUCCUUAAAUAACAGUACUAAAAGAAGUGCAUAUAUCCUGGAAUAAUAUGUUGUAUCUUCAAGACGUUUUUAUUUUCUAAUAUUUUCAAAUAGUAUAACAAAUAUUUUACAUUGUUAAACCUGUAUUUUUUCUUAAUAAGUGAAUAAAAGACAUUACAAAUAUUUUAAGGAAGUUCACAAAUAUGUCUCUCUUUUUUUUUUUUUUUUUUGUAGAGACAGAGUUUCACUUUAUUGCCCUCGGUAGAGUGCUGUGGCGUCACACAGCUCACAGCAACCUCCAACUCUUGGGCUUAGGCAAUUCUCCUGCCUCAGCCUCCCGAGUAGCUGGGACUACCGGCGCCCGCCACAACGCCCGGCUAUUUUUUUGUUGCAGUUUGGCCGGGGCUGGGUUUGAACCCGCCACCCUCGGUAUAUGGGGCCAGCUCCCUGCUCACUGAGCCACAGGCACCGCCCAAUAUGUCUCUUUACUAUUGAAAUAAACACAAAUAUUCAAAAUGCAACUAUUACAUGCUGACUUUUGUAGGAAGUGUAAUAUUUUCCAAAUUUGAAAUAAGCCUUAAAUUGCAAAUGAUGUGAUGUAGACUUAGAAAAUGUUAAAAUCUACAAGUUUGGUGAGUGAAGGAUUCCAUUUCUCCUUUCUUACAGGUAAUGGGAUUUCAUUCCAGGUUAUAUUUUAUUUGUAUAUUAAUUUCAUGGAAUAUUAAUGUCUUAACUUUUUAAAGCAUGCUAGUGUUUUAUGUAUAUAUACACAUUUAUUCAGAUAGGGCAAUUUUUACUGCUGCCUAACAUUAUACUAAAAUAUUGCUUUAUCUAUUUUUGAUUACAAAAUGCUAAUGUUUUGCUAAGUUAUAAUUUGAAGACAGUUGGUCCAAGAAGUGUAUUUCCAGCCUUGAGUAUGUAGCACCAUGUAGCGGUAACCCAAGGCAAUAUUAACAAACCAUGCUUUGUCUUUAAUAAAAGGGAUAGAAUUAACAAACGUAUUGAUGGCAUGACCUAUUUAGCUAUGUCCUUGUUUUUGCAAUUAUGUAACCUCAAAUAUUGGGUUGUUGAACUAACAAUGGCUGUAUUAGAGAAGAUUAAAUAAACCAAAAAAUAAAAUGUA